UCGCGACCGCGCCGUCGCGGCCUGCGCCUCUGGGGCGACGCCGCCGCCGGGUUUCCGUCCGCUUCAUACCCGUAUUAAACGGCGUACGCGCGCGAGCGUCAUCUGAUGAUUCGCGUUUUUCUCAGUGAACCGCCACCGCCGCCGCCGCCGCCGAUAUAUCCUCGUGGUGUGGGUGCCGCCGCCAACUUCGGUAUUCGCUUUUUCUGCUUCGCUGCAGUGACGGUCUCCGAAGCCGCCUCGGCAAUCGUUCUCUCCGCCGGCCGUCGCGCGUAUGCCUUAAAAUAUUACAGCGACAGUAAAUAUCUAAUGAUAUUACCGUAAUCGCAGUAUUGCAUUCGCGGGCCGUCCGUGUGUGUGUUGGCCGACCACGAAAUCGGUUACACACUAUUAUUACGCUCCGAAGUCGACGUCCGCGAUAGUCGUCUUCGACGUCGUUGUCGCAGCCGCGGCCGCCGCCGCCGCCACCUCAGCAGCCGUCGCGUCGUCGGUACAGUGCGAAUCGCGCGCGCGCACAGUCCGUUGUCGUAGGUGGAUGAGCGCGCACGGACGGCGCGUACUAUCGCCGCCGCCGCCGCUGCCGCCGCCGUAUUGACAAACACACAAGGAUAAUGUGGUCAUGUUCUGUAAGUUGAUAUGCUGAAGGAUAUUCACAGUCCAGGAUUGGCAGCCGAUCCAGAGGACGGCAGCAACGGAGCUUGUUGCGCCGGUUGCGGUAGAUCCAUAGACGAUCGUUUCUACCUGUCUGCAGUGGACAUGUGUUGGCACAUUGGGUGUUUACAAUGUGCCGAAUGUAAACUACCACUAGACACAGAACUAACGUGUUACUCGAGACACGGCAACAUCUAUUGCAAACAAGAUUAUUACAGAUUGUUCUCGAUAAAACGCUGCGCUCGGUGUCAGGGUGGUAUCGGCGCUUGCGACCUAGUGAUGAGAGCCAAAGAUCUCGUGUACCACGUGGAAUGUUUCGCGUGUUACGCAUGCGGUGCGAUCCUGUGCAAAGGUGACUAUUAUGGAGUACGGGACGGUGCCGUUUUCUGCAGGCCUGACUAUGAGCGUCUCAAGCACAGGGACAUGUCGUGUGAUCUGGAGCCGAUGUGCAGCCCGCCCAGGGCGGCAGGCCAUCACUGGCCAUCGGUACACAAGGGCAGACCUCGGAAGAAGAGAAACGUCCAAAUGUUGUCGUCACCUAUGGCAACGACCGAUUGCAACGAGCUUACCGAACUCAAUGUGCUCAGUAUACCGCAGUCGACAUUGGAAGUCAUGCAAGCCACGGACUUAUCUUCUUCGAUGGAAUCAUUAACUUACGAAACAUCCAGCUUAUCGUCGCCCACAAACUCUUCGACGAUGGGCACUACCGGUGGUAUGUCACAACAGCAACAUCAGCAAACACGAACGAAACGCAUGCGAACGUCAUUCAAACACCACCAGCUGCGUACAAUGAAGUCGUACUUCAACAUCAACCAAAACCCAGACGCCAAAGACUUGAAACAGCUGGCUCAAAAGACUGGACUGUCCAAACGAGUGUUACAGGUUUGGUUUCAAAACGCUAGAGCAAAAUGGAGAAGAAACAUUAUGAGGCAAGAGAACAACCAAAUGGUAACCAAUUCCAUGUUGAAUCAAAAUCAAACUACGCCGUCCGACCCCGACCUCAUCAGGGGACACACCCAGACCUCGCAGGGUUUGAACUUUGUAGAUCUCUUUUAAUUUCACACGUAAGUCGUAGUUCUAUUUGUUAAAGCAUCACCAUCAUCAUCACAGUGUUCUGUAUCAUCUUCGACCAGUCCAAGCACGCGUUAGGCGUAUCUGAAGUUAAAUAUAAUCGUGUCCAACAUCAAAACAUUUGACCCUUCCUUAAGGGUAUCGUUUUUUUUUUUUUUAAAUCUAAUAAAUAAAAUUCUGAUAAUGAUACAUAACUAUCCUAUUAUGAACGGGUGCGUGGUGUUACAAUAAUUGAUCGUAUCAAUUUGGGUAUAUAUACAAAUGAUAAAUCAAUACAAUAUUAAAUUAUAUUACAAUAUUCUUACAAAAUAAUUUGUGUACGCAUUGUAUGUAGUAAUACGUUACUAUGGCCAACUGGAAAUUAUAAUUAAUAUAUAAUAUUAUGUUUAAGUGAUUAUAAGUUUCAGAAAG